AUGACGGUCUUCGAUCAAGGAAAGCAGAAGCGUGGAGAUGAGAGCGGAAACAGUUCUGAUCCACAACGGGUGAAACCCUGCGGAACCCCACAGAUGUGCGUAACUAGCGGGAAAGCCUGUGUGCCAGAGAAGAAGCGUCCAGAUGACCGUGCGAGGCACAGCGCCACCACUGACUCCGAUCUGUCCGAGCUGGAAGACAGGGUGGCUUCUGCCCUGGCUGAAGUGCAGCACACGGAGAGUGAGGUUUCUGAUAUAGAAUCCCGAAUAGCAGCUCUGAGUGCCGCCGGACUGACUGUCAAACCAGCGGAAAAGCCCAAGAAGAAAUCGAGCACCCAGGUUUUCACUCUCCAUCUCCCCAGAGGUGCACAGAACUCUCUGGAGGAUCACAGUUCUGACUCUGCAGCAUCACCUGACAACUACAAAGUGAUGUCAAUGCCACAUGUCUUGAGGAGAAAAUUUGCCUCUUCUCUUGAAAUUGCAAGCAAUGCUGAUUUUGCUCGGAACUCCUAUUACAGAGGAUCUCUGACGCAGCGCAACCCCAAUGGGAAAAAUAGGAAAGCCGAUCGCAUCUUUGCGGCAAGUAUUCCAAACCUGGCCUGUCAUUUUCCUAACGGGCUGCGUUUAGUAGGCAGCCAAGACGUGAUCAAUUCUAUCGGACCAGAUGUCUAA